CUCAGUGCAAUCGCGGUUCUUCACAUAACCACAAAUCAUUACUACUAUAAAUAAUUAAGCAUUAUUCAAUGUUUAUCGACGGAGAUUUAGACAAUAAAAGAUUAAGAUUUUAUUAAGGAUAGGCUAUUGUUGAUAUUGUAUACUUAACUAUAGUAGAUUAUCAGUAGAAUUAUAUUUAUGUUGUGAGAAAAUUAUCGUAGAGAUCUUUAAGUGGCACGGACUAAUAAGUGUAUAAUGAAAAUGAUGGGUGAAGGCGAAAUGGGUUAUGGGGACUAUUAUGGAUACGACAACAGUUGGUCUAUCGUCCCCACCGACUAUGGAGCCGAAUCCAACUAUCAGACCCGACAGCCGCAGAUGGAGGAAGACUACAGAUAUAACUCGUACGCGCUUCUGGACAGCAUGAAGUUACCGGGUCAGCGUCAUGGCUUCCAAAUCUCCGACAUAUUAGGCCUCAAUGAAGGGAAGGGUUUGGAACAAUCGCAAACUCAAGGUCUGGGGCCGUGUUCUUUAGACCUGCCACCGUACGCGCCACCCCAGCCACACUACUCCCACGACCUGCUGCGGCAUCACCAACCUUGGUUGUCUUUGGACCAACAUGAACCAAAUGGUAUAAUUGGACAACAAGCUAGCCCAGACAGUACCUCUCGUGCAUCUGAGUUGUCCUACGUUGGAGCAUCUGCUGCAUCUCCACCCGUUACCGACCCCCGGAAUGAUCACGAACACGACCACGACAACGAUAACGACAUAGAACAUGACGAUGAAAAUGACCAAGAUCAGCUAUCCAACAAUAUCGGCGAUCCAAAUCUAGCACAUAAAAAACGCAAAAGACGUGUUCUGUUUUCAAAAGCUCAGACUUACGAAUUAGAAAGGCGAUUCCGACAACAGAGGUACUUGUCAGCGCCAGAACGGGAACACCUGGCUAGCCUGAUACGCUUGACACCAACGCAAGUUAAGAUAUGGUUCCAAAACCACAGGUAUAAGACCAAACGUGCUGUUCAGGAAAAAGGUGCGCAUGAUUUAAAUGUAGGCAGUUUGAAUUCACCUCGACGAGUUGCUGUACCCGUUUUGGUGAAGGACGGCAGGCCGUGUAUCGGUAAGCCUGAUGGUCUGCCACCGCUGGGCAUGUCUUUACCCCCAUACCAGCCCAUGCACCAUCAGCCUCCCGUCUCAGGUCACGGCCCGCAGUCCGGCGGUUGUUGGUGGUGAUGUUAAUUCUUACAAUGAUUACAGUGAUAUACUAGUCGAUCCUUUGCCAUUCGUUUGCAAACGUCGUACCUAUAAGCAAUAAUCUUUAUAUUUAUCAAACGAAAGACAAGCUAGAGUCAACGGCCUUUGCAAGCUUAUCGCGAAUGUUGAACAUUACCUAAUAAAUAACUUACCUACGUAGAAAUGAUACAUUUAGUUUCAAAUUUUUAGUUUAAAAUUGAUAUGAUAUCAAUACCAGAAUAACUCGAAUAGCAGAAUAGAAAUAGGUAGCGACUACCUAUGUCUGACACCUACUUAUAUUUGAAAGUUUAAGGUAUCUGGAGUUCCUAAUAAUUUGUAUUAUAAUUAAUAUUUAGCAUUAUAUAGUAUCUUGAAAUGGCAGUUAACUUGUUUGAAAAUGAUUUAUGAUCGAAUAUAAUCCAAAGGUAUAUAAUCCAUAAGGAUAUUUUGUAUGUAAAUUAAUGUAAAAAGCCUUUGAGACAGUUAGUUAAGUAUACUAUUAUAAAAAUGACCAGAUUUUAUCAGAAUGCAAUAUUUAGUGUUAAGAUUCAGUAUUAUCAUAGUCGAAUAUACUUGUGUAGGAGAUUAUUUAUAUAUAUUCCAAAUAAAAUAUUAUAUUAAAUAUAUUACGUAAGUACAUAUUUACGUAGUGUUGAGUAACUAUAAAUGUACAUAUAUUGUGUAUAUAUAAUAAAUGAUUUGUGUGGACAGUUACCGCUACUAAAUAUUUACAUGACAUAUUACAUGAAAGUAACAGACUACAUGUAAUUCCUGCGGUUAUAUAUUACCUGUGUGUUAAUAGAUAGAGAAUUUGUUCAAUUUAUAACAACAUUCCAUAAUUAGUAUUCAAGUAAACUGUGAAGAGAAACUCUUUAGAAAUUAUUAAGGCUGUAAAAACGUGUUACAUAACUAUAAAUUAUUAUAAAAAUAUUAAAUUGA